AUGAAUAAUAAUUCAAGAGAUCCACCUAGCAAAAUAUUGCUUCUUGUAAUUACAUAAUUAUCUCCAACAUUUCCUUUGUGUAAUGAUCUGCUAUUUGAACAAUUUGCAAAAUACGGGGAUAUCAAAAAGAUUCUUAUUUUCGAAAGAGGUAAAGCAAACAAGGCAUUUGUCGAAUAUUAUGAUAUAAAAAAUGCAAUGGAAGCAAGGAAAGAUAAAAUAGGUAAAUAUUUGGCUGAGGGGGAAGGAAAGUAUUUUUUGCUUAUAGAUUUUAGAUUAACAAUACAUUUUUCUCGUCUGAAAAAUUUAGAUUUGGAAGUAGUUGACAAAUCUCGAGGAACCGACUAUACCUAAACAAGCAGCACUAAUUCAGAUGUAGUGAAACACUCAAACACAGAUGAUCCAAACAUAUUGAGAUAACAAUUAGAUCAAUUUACUCGAACAUUUACUUAAACUCCACAAAGGAAUAUGAGUCCCUAAAGGAAUGAGGAGAUUAAUAACUUAUUAAAUUCAGAUUCAGAAGAUGAGGCUAAGGAUGUUUUAAAAUAAAAAACUUCUUCAACCCCUGAAAUUUCUGAGGAUGUUUAUAAUAUGAUCACUCAAAAACCAUCCAAAAUUAUUAAAAUACAAUCUAUUGAUGAAAGAGUAACUGCUAAGAUGUUAUAUAAUAUUUUUAAUAAAUUUGGCAACAUCGAAGAAAUAUUAUAUGAAAAGCAGUUUAAAAGAGUGUUUAUAAGAUAUUAAACAGUAGAGUUUGCUUAAAUUGCAAAAGAAUACUUAAACAAUAUCACAUUUUUUGAUCAAUAAGUAAUCAAAAUUUUAACUAAAAUAGUGGCGUAUAACAUACAUCCCAUUAUUUUAAUUACAACCAACGACUAUUAAAGAUGAAUACAUGAUUUAUUACAAUCCAAAUGGACCAAAAAUAAUUGCUCCACUCUCUAAGACUAUUUUUUUGAGUGGUGUUUCUGAGCCAAUGGAGAUAUCAGAGAUGAUUCGAUUAGUUGUCAAAGUUACAGGUAAUUAUUGAUUAUCAAAAUAGAAAUUAAAAUUAUUUCUUCUGAUAGUUUGGAAAUCAGCAUGUUAAAUAUCUCAGAAACUCUAAAAAUCAUAGCUGUAUUCUCUGAUUAUGAAUUCAAAAAUCAAAAGCUAGUUAUAUCAAUGAAAUGA